AUGGAUCAAAAGUCAAAUAUAAAUUUAUUUCAUCCAGCAUUAAUUAAUUUAACUACACAUUUAUUUUAUAAUAUUAUUGAGCAUAGAAUUAAUGCACAAAAUUUUAAAUGUUUAGGAUUACAAUCUAUUGAUUAUGAACAAAAAGAAAAUCAAAUUGAAGUUGUAUUACAAUUUGAUAUUAUUUCAUCAUCAUCAGCAUCAUCGUCUACAUCAAGAAAUAACUCCUUAGGGAAUAAUAAUAAUAAUACAUAUACAGAAUGUGAUUAUACAAAUCUGUUUGGUGAUAAAUUAGCAGAACAAAUAACUUCAAAUGAAAGAAAAUCUCCGUUCGUAACAAUCGUGGUUUGUUGCUGUAUACUGACAACAUUUUUUCUACUGGUUCUUUUUCUCCGAUGUCGGAGUUUCAUUCGACGUAAACAAUUAUUGAAAAGAAGAAGAAAUCCUAAAUACUUAUAUUGUUCUAAAUAUCCUAAAUCAAAACCUAUUAAUCAUUGUUAUAUUAAAGCUAAUAAUUCAUGUUAUUGGUCACCAACUAAACCUAAACAUAGUCAUUCAUUUUCAGUAUGGUCUGAAGGUCAACCAUUAAAAUAUCAUCAGAAUAAACAUCGAAUAUCUUCUACUUCAUCACUGAAUCAAUCUAAUUUAAUGGUGAAUUCAUCACAAUCUCAUUUUCAUCCAAAUAAUCAUUGUAUAAAAGAUCCAAAGUUUAUUCAUCGUCAAUCUAAUUCAUCAGCUAAUGUAAUUAAUAAUAGUAAUGAACGUAAUUUUAUGAAAUAUAAUUAUCAUCAACAUGAUGAAAUAUAUGGAAUGAGAAAUCAUAUGAAUAAUGGUUAUUUAGAAUAUAGUAAACGAAUAAAUAAUGCCAAAUCAACAAUGUUUCCAAAUUCUCAAAGGUUAAUAGUGCCAUCAAAACAAUCAAAUCCUUCAGCUAUAGGAAAUCAAUCAAUGUUUUUCAAUUCACAAAAAAUAACAAAUGAAAAUGAUAUUACAGAUUCUGAAACUCCUACUACUGAAUUUACUGAAAGUUCAAAAUCACAUAAAAGUAUAUCACAGAUUAAUGUAUAUCGAAAAGGUAGAAGUUUAAGUCCAGCUGAUAUAACUAAUUUCAAAGAAUCAAAAUUUCAUUUCAGUCCAAAACCACGUUUUUCAUUAGCUGAAUCUGAUGAAAUGAAUAAUCAACCUAUUGAAAAUAGUCAAUCGUCCGGUUUUCGUGAUGUGAUUAUUGACUGUAGUUCACUGGAAAGUGCUAUCAGUUAUCCAGUACAAAACUCUUGUUCACAUUUGAAUGACAAUAAAAACCUAGACAGUUCAUUAGAGAGUCGAAGUUUGAUGUCAGUUUACCUAAAUGAUGUUGCACAAAAAACCCGAAUUAUCACUCCUACAGUUACGAUUACUACUACCAACAUCAAUAAUACUGUUAGUGAAAAUAACACUAGUACUAUUCACAAUAUCUCUUUGAAUAAUAGUAAUUAUAAUAAUGUUAUCACAUUAUCCCCAUUAAAUCUUCCAAAAAUUGACACAGGUAUUUUCAGUGAUGAAUUAUACAAUACUGAAAAAAUGAAUUCAUUUGAAAGUAAUCAAUUAACCUAUUCUACCAAUACUGAUCAUAAUCAUAUGGAUCAGCAUAAUAAUUUCACUUAUGACUUACAAUCACCAGUGUUUAAAGAAAAACCUAAACGUCCAGUUCUAUGCUUAUUUAGUGCAAAUAAAUAUAAUCAAAAAAGACAUCUUAAACGUAACAACUCAAUCAGCAAUGAUGAUAGUAAUGAUGAUACUAAUGUUGAUGAUGACAACAAUAAUGGUAAUAUUCAUGAUACUAAACAAGAUAUUGAUGUAAGACGUUUACGUCAAGGUAAAAAUAUUUCCACUACAAAAUUAUCAGUUACUAAUCAAAUUAAUAGAAUCAUUGGAAGUAGUAAUAAUAUCAAUAAUAAUGAUAAUAUUUGUAAUCAUAAUUUAAAUUCAUUAUUAUGUAAUACAAAUGAAUGUAAAAGUUGUGUAAAUUUACAAGCAUAUGAAUUAUCACAAGAUCGUUAUCGUAAUCCAAGUAGUGGAUCAACUGUUAGUCAAAUACCAAGAUCUGAUUUACCAGAUGUUUACCUGAAUCCACCAUCAAUGUCGACUCUACAGUCUCAACGGAGCAGUUUAUGUGGCAGAAGUAGGAUGGAAUUGUUAUAUGUGGAUAAUGAACUAGAUAGAACCAACAAUCCCAGAUGCAAACUUAGUACAAAUGGAAUAAUUAGUUCAUCAAACUUGGGAGAAAAUUUAUCAGACGUGAUUGACUCUGAUCACCGUUUCUCUGUGCAGCAUACAAAUGGAGCAGGUGACAAUUGGAGCUUGGUCGAUGAGUUGGUUAUUUUUCCUCAACCACAAACUCUUGGAUUGGUACGUAAUCAAACGUUUAAUGCAAGAAACACAUAUCAUCAACCAUUACCCCAAUCAUCUUCAAAUUUGGUUCCAUCCUUUUUUAAACCAUAUCAGCUAACCGAUGAUAAUUUCGGUAAUUUACCAGUUAAAGAUAAAGAACAUCACAUUAGUAUACAACAACAACUUAGACGGGCAUUAAGUUUAUCAUCUAGACGUAAAUCACCUCGUUCAUUAAAUGAAGAAAUCCAAUCAAUCAUGGAUAAACACUACGAAAUGACAGGAAUUAGAAUGACAAUUGGUAGUGGAUCAUCGCAGAAGAAUUCAACGACUACCAAGUCAUAUAUAAAUUUAUUUGGAUUACAGACAGGCAAUAAAACCCAACCAUCCAGACCAAGAAAACGUCGAUGUAGUUGGACAUUCACUAAAGAUAUUACUAAUGAAUUUCAAACAAGUUUAAAAAAUGUUUCAAGUGCAUUACAUUUAGAUUGUCCUACAUUUGAUCUCUUUCAAAAAUUUAAACAUAAUCGUGAUAAACCAUCUGUACUUGAAUCAUUAUCUAUGACUGCAUUACCAUGUCUUAUCCCAUUAAGACCACGUAUUCAAUCUGAUAUAACAAAUGAUAUGACUUCUACUAAUGAAGAAUUAAUUACCAAACAAUCUAAACAAAAAUUUCAUUCUGAUUUAUAUAAUAUAAAAUUAAUUGAUUUCAAACGAAAUAGUAUAGGAAUAAAUGAUAAAAGUGUCAUUCUAUUUGGAAUACAAAAAAACAAUAAUAUUAGACUUGUUAAAAGUAAUUGGAAUUUGACUAAUCUAUAAAUCAGUGACAUAACAUGACUUCAUUACAUCAUUAAUUCAUAUACAAUUUGCAGCAUACUAUGUAGAGAUACCCUUUUUGUUGUUGUUGUUGUUGUUGUUUUGAAAUACCCAAAAGAUACCAUUGUACAAAAUCUUUCAAUGUUUUAUGAAUGAUCUUCCCUUCAUAUGAAUUAUGUUAUUCUUCAACUUGUUCAUCAUUUCUAUGAUCCAUUAUUUUAGAUUAUUAUUCAGCGCGGUAUUCAAUAUUAUAUCUUGUCAUAAUAUAGUUGAUCUUCUUUUUAUGUAUUUCAUUUAUGGUUGUAUAUAAUUUUUAAAUAAACUAUGAAAUUUCAAUUUAU